GGUGAAAGAGCAAGGAAGAUGAUGUCAUGCAAUUGUUGUGGGAAUAAGUAUCACCUAAGCUGCCUGAGAACUUGGGGUCAACAUAGAGAUCUCUUCCAUUGGAGUUCAUGGACAUGUCCCUCUUGCCGGGUUUGUGAGAGUUAUGGUGGAAGGCGUCGAAGUGCUCACAAGCUGGUGAAGGCACCACAGUUUUGAAAAGAAGUUAUUUAAUGGCUGUCAAACAACUGGAGAUCCAAACAAGUUCAUGUUUUGCAAAAGGUGUGAUGCAGCUUAUCACUGUUACUGUAUGCAGCCUCCACUCAAGAAAGUUAGCAGUGGGCCUUAUUUGUGCCCCAAACACACAAAGUGUCACAGCUGUUGUUCUAAUGUUCCAGGAAAUGGACUGAGGGCGAGCUGGUAUUUAGGAUACACUUGUUGUGAUGCUUGUGGAAGAUUAUUCGUGAAGGGAAACUACUGUCAAGUUUGUUUGAAGGUUUAUAGAGAUUCUGAUACAACACCUAUGGUUUGCUGUGACAUUUGCGAGCGCUGGGUGCACACCCAAUGUGAUGAUAUCAGUGAUGAAAAAUAUUUGCAGUUUCAAGUGGAUGAUUUGCCGUAUUCGUGUCCAACAUGCCGCGGAUAUAGUUAUAAGUCGAUAAAUCUUAGCAAUGCUGUUCAGGAGCUUUGGAAGAGGAGAGAUGUAGCUGAUAGGGAUUUAAUUGCAAGUUUGAGGGCAGGAGCUGGGUUGCCUGUUGAUGAUGAAAUAUUUUCUAUUUCACCCUUUUCAGAGGAUGAAAAUAAUGCUCCUCUAGUGAAAAAUAAACAUAAACAAUCCUUAAAGUUAUCUCUUAAAGGUAUAGUUGACAAAUCUCCCCAAAUGAGCAAGGAAUAUGGAAAAGAUUCUUGUAAGGAGAAGGGGUUAGCUGGACAAAAUGAAGGACAUCCUGAUGCUCCAUCUGGUGGAUGUAGUACUGGUGAUGUCAAGAAUGAUGAAUUGCAGGCUUAUGGGGAAGUGAAUAGCUUUUCUUCUCCUGUUGGUAGCUUAACAGAAGGUAUAUGUUCAUUUAAUGAGGCAGGGGUCAUAAAGCACAAAUUUACUGAUGAGGUUACUGGAAACAUGGGUAAGAGGAAAGUCCAAAGGAAUAAUAGCAAGCCUCAGUAUUUGGAUGGGGAUGAUGUUGGGAUUCAAACAAGCAUGCCAAAGACCUCCAAGGGGCCAAAUGGUAAUGAGGAGCGGGUUCAGCUGAGAGAGAAUGAAAACUCAGAAAGGGAUGACACUGCAACUAAGCUUGGUGGUGGAACAGGUAGUGAGGAUCUAGUUCAGCUGAGUGAGAAUGAGAACACGGAAAGGAAUGACACUGCAGAUAAACUCGGUGGUGGAAAAGGACAUAAGAUGAAUCAUAUGGACCAAAUAAAGGGUCAAAAUCAUAGGGGUAAAGAAAGCAACUUAAUGAAGAUCAAGAAAGUUAGCCCAGAAGGUACUAAUUUGCCUGCCGAAGUUGGUGGAAAAUUUGCCGAUGGAUCUGGACCAUAUCCUCCGCUCAAGACUUUUGAUAUCUUAGGAAAAAGAAGCAAUGAUGGUAGUGUUAUUACAAGGGCUAGAGUUGAAGCUCAUGCUACAAGGGACAAUAAAUUGACUUCUGUAAAACAUGCCGAAGCUGAGCCCGCUUCUUUUGAUGACCUGAUUGACAAGAAAAAUAGCACACCUUCAGUAUCAAAUUCAGCCAGAAAGGAUCCAAAACCUCUCCUAAAGCUCAAGUUCAAGAAUCCUUGCCAUGAAAGUCCAAAUGCCUUGGCUUCUCCAGGAGAGGAGCAUAAAAGCGUGGUUAAGGGCCAGAGGUCUAAAAGAAAGAGAGCACCAGCCUUUGGAGAAAAAUCAUCAACCAGGGCUGAUGAAAAUUUAUCACAGCAGUAUGAAGACAAUACAAUGGAUGAGUUUUUGGAUGCUAACUGGAUACUGCAGAAGUUGGGAAAAGAUGCAAAAGGAAAGAGAGUGAAAAUUCAUCAUUCGUCUGAUAAUACCUGGCAUAUAGGGACAGUUGUAGAAGUUUUUGAAGGCUCACCUGUUGUGUCUGUUGCUUUUGAUGAUGGGAAGAAGGAGAACGUGGAACUUGGAAAGCAAGGAAUACGUUUUGUAUCUCUGAAAAGCAAAAACAUUGACUGCUAAAUUGGUUAUUAGCUGCAGCGUAUGUUACAACUCUGAAUGCCAAGAGCAUGAGCAGCUGCUGUUGAUUCCCAUGGUGGUUCUUCUUUGGUGGGCUCAAAGGAAGUACUGAUCGCUGCAGGUCAAAAUUUCAAGGUUACUGCACAUUGCAUCGUGUGUUUGCUGCAAGUUUGUUUUCAUUUUUACCAGACUUACAUAUAAGGAGUUGGUUGGUUCUGUUUUAUUGUUAUCUUUCAUUUCCUGGUGUACAAAUUCUCUUUUCUGGUCACAGGUCGAACACCCUUUUUGGUGGUACUUUGGAUUAAUCUUGCUGGAUUUGCAGUUUUAAUGUAAAAUAACUACUAGAGAUUUGAAGCUCCUACUGGUUGUAACUGAGGGCAGAUGACAUUAUCAUACUAUAAUAUACUAAUAUAGGAUAGCCAGUUGAGCUCCGUUUAAUAAGAAUUGCCUGAAAUGUUUCAGAUA